AGCCUGUCAGCUCGAGAAGUCUUUCGGUUUCGUGUCUCGUGUUUCCCACACUUCAAGAUCUCUUGCCAGAAAGGGCUUCUUAAUGCAAUGAAUCCCUUACCAUAACAAAACACGUGUCUAUACAGAAGUGAUUAUGUUUGAGGAAGCUAAUAUACGGAAGCGAGGGAAACUCGCAAGUGAUUUUACUCCAUUCGGGUCUACCGCUGGAAUGACGGAUGGGAACAGCUACAAUCAUUCGUGGAAAUUUCCAUUUCUUCCUUGUAUAAUCGGUGCAACCUUCGGUUUCGUCCUUCUCAUGGGGAUUUCGACGUUAUCGGAUCAUCGACUCCCAACUCCAAUUUCUAUAAAAGAUUCAAGUUUACACCCAGGAGUUUUCAUUGGAGAACGAGCAUACAAACAUCUUGAGAGGUUGACGAGCAUAGGGCCACGAGUUGCUGGAAGUUAUGAAAAUGAAAUCAGAACAGUUGAUCUGUUGAUGCGAGAAAUUGGUUUUAUUAAACAAUUUGCCAAUCCAGUUCACAAAAUCACAAUGGAGGUUCAAAGACCUUCUGGUGUGAUGACUCCUAUGGCUAAUGGGAUUGAUCAUAACACAAUCUACCAUGCACUUGCAAAUGUUGUAGUAAAAAUUGAAGAUAAAAAUUCCUCAGACGUAAAUGCAGAAAGCUUGCUGGUGAACGCUCAUUUUGACAGUGUCUUUGGAAGUCCAGGUGUGAGUGACAAUGGUGUAAGUGUUGCAGUGGCCCUUGAAGUAUUGGAAGUACUUUCGCGCAGAAGCCAACCUACCCAACACCCAGUAAUCUUUUUGUUUAACGGUGCUGAAGAGAAAGGCAUGCUGGGUGCACAUGGAUUCAUCACCCAACAUCCGUGGGCAAAGCAAAUCGGAGCUUUCGUCAAUCUAGACGCUUGUGGAGCAGGUGGCAGGGAAAUUGUAUUCCAGGCUGGUCCGGGCAAUUCGUGGUUGAUAAAGGCCUAUGCUGCAGCUGCCCCAUAUCCCUUUGCAAAUAUUGUUGCUCAGGAAAUCUUUGAGGCAAAAUUGGUGCCAUCUGAUACUGAUUUCAAAAUAUUCCGAGAUUUUGGAAAAAUUCCAGGCCUCGACCUUGCGUAUUUUAAGAACGGCUACGUCUACCACACGAAGUACGACGAUAUCCAACACGUGUCAUUGAGUACAGUUCAGCGUGCCGGAGACAAUCUACUUGCUUUGGUUUCCAAGUUGGCUGAUUCAGAUUGGCCAUCUAUGCGGGAUUCUGGAGAAAUCAUUAUCUUUUUCGACUACCUCGGAUUGUUCAUGAUAACUUUCUCCAAUUUAUCAUGGCAUCUUUUAAAUAUCACCUUAAUCACUUUAGCAUUUUAUCAAUCUAUCGCCUGGGUCACCGUUCAGGAUGCCGAUUCCCCGUCCGGCCAAAUUGGAACUGUAUGCAAGCAAGUCGUCUUUAGCUGUUUGACAGGUGUUUUCCAAAUUUUGGGUGGAUUUUUCGCUGCUUGGCUAGUAGUGGGUGUCAUAACAUUGGCUGGAUUCACCAUGUCAUGGUAUAGUCGUCCCUACCUGCUAGUGGGGCUUUACGGGAUGCCGGCUCUUGCGGUGGCGCUAUUCAUCUUCCUUCAAGUGUCAGCUGCGCAAGAACGAGCCCUCAAAUCCACUUUCUUGGUUGAACGAGUUCAAUUCGAAGGCGCAAAGCUAAAUCUGACUUUGAUCGUUCUCCUGACUUAUAUGUAUGGUAUUCGAUCCAAUGUGCUCUUACUUCUUUGGCUGUUCUCGGCUAUUUUUGGCCGUUGGUUUUUGGACAAGGUGUAUCAGCGGAAAACUAUAGAUGGCGGUUGGCUCCUUCUACAUUUUUUCUCGUUCGCCGUACCCAUUUUACAAACCCUUUAUCUCUCCGAUAGCGUCAUUGCACUUCUUGUACCGAUUUCUGGUCGAAACGGUAUUAAUUCCAACCCUGAUCUAUUGGUGGCCAUGGUGACGGUUGCCUUUGGAUUGCUGAUCGCAGCAUUUCUCUUUCCCUUGGCGAGCUUAGUCCGCCAUGCCCGCCGGAUCUUGUUUCUACUGAUGGCUGGCCAUCUUCUUGUGGCUUUUGCAGUUACAAUCACUCCUUUGGGUUUCCCUUACUCGGCCGGUCUGCUUGAAGUCAAACCUCAGAGAGUCCAAAUUCUGCACGUUGAGAGGACCUUUUACGAGUCAAACGGGUUGGUGCGCCGGCGGGAGUCGGGGUAUUGGCUUUUCGGUUGGGAUCACCAUAUUAAACCGGAAUUGCUGGCGCCACUGGAGCUAAGAGAGGGCGUCACGCGUGUCGACGAAUCGCACUGUCACACCCUCCCGUACUGCGGUCUGCCUUAUUACUUCCCUUAUCUUAAAAGGAUUCGAUCUUCUUAUUGGGCGCCGGCUCCACAACCAUUAAUUUACCAUCCAACUCGAAUCGAGUUGAUUGAUCUAAAGCUUACGGGCGUAGAUAAACGGAGUCUAACGUUUACGUUGACGGGGCCUGAUCAUAUGACUUUGAUGAUAUGGCCCAUCAGUGGAGUUAAACUGGUGGGUUGGUCGGCCAGCAAAGAGCUACCGCACGCGGAUUCCUUUUACACGGAACGGCCGCUUUAUUUUGUGACUUACUUCUACGGCGUUCAACCCAAUACGCCAUACGAAUUGACAGUCACAUUAGAGGUCCCACCCUCUUUGAGUGGGAAGCAAGUGCUGGAGAUGGCGGUGACGAGCCACAUCCUGCACGGCCACGAAUCCGUAGCAAAUGAAUUUGCUAGCACGUUGAAGAAGUUUCCGCCUUGGAUGUACGCACACGGAUGGACUGCCACCUACUCUCACUGGUCUUUUUAAAGGCAAAAAACAAGGAAUUCAUUUAGAAGUAUACUUGUAUAGACGCCGUGUCUGUGUCUACUAGGUCGAAGAGAGCGCCGCGCAUCGGGCGUUGGUGUUCCUUUCUCCCAUUUUUAUUUGACCGUUUUCACAAAAAAAAAAAAGAGAAAUAAGGUGUUUAUUAUGAAUUGAUGAUGCAUGUGCUUUAUGAGAAGAACCUGCUUUGGUGCGCCGAACAUUCUUCUGCUGUUUGUGCCAAAAGUGUUUUGUGUGCUUGCGUGUCUGCAGUGUGUUAGGUGCUUAACCGUCAUCACUUUCGCAGUCCAACUUAUUAUUUUUCCUCUACCUUUUUAUUUUCCUUUCUUCUUUAUUUUUUUUUUUCUUUUUUGUUAUCUUGCUCCUAGUCUUCCAUUACACACGUCAAUUUGCCAGCAGACA